AAAUUAUCAAUGGACGAAAUCGAGGUGGCCGAAUUAGCUGAGGACUUUGAAGUGGAUGAAGGAGACAAAGAACCGGAAACGGAGAACUCACCAUCGGAACCCUAUUUGAAGUAUCAACACAUGGAACACGAAAUGGAUUCGAUUGUCUCGAAUGACUAUAUCACUUUCUGUGCUACACAUGGCAAAGUUAGUUCUAUACCCUUCCGUUAG